AUGGCCUCGACUCGUUCACGGCCAAAGGUUUCGUUGCUUUUAGCUGUGCCUUUAAGCACCGUGCUUUUCUUGUUUGCGCUGUUUGCAUUUACCGGCGUGCCCAGGUUUCGAGCAGACCCGUCCUUGGGAGUAUUUUCAUUGUUUAGGACUUUGGAAACGGGCACCAAUAUUAUCGAUCAUAGAAAAGAAACAGCGCCUCGAUGGCUGUACCAUGGAUUACACGCUGGUCCGGCCAUGGUAUGGUGUGUGGCGAUGCCACUGCAGCAUAUUGAUGGCCUUCGAAUGAAGUGGCCCAUCUUUCAUCGCAUCAACGGAUAUACAGCCUUGACCGUCUCUUUGAUCCAGUCCGUUAGCGGAGUCUUGUUCCUUAUCUACGGAUACGCCUACACUCACCAGAACCUACUCCAUAUCCAUUAUUUGUACAUCCGAGGUAAAUGGAUUCCGCCAUUCUUCUGGCCAACUUUUGAAGCCGGCCUGUGGGUUUAUGCGCCGAUAUUUGUCUUUACAUUGGUGCGAACCGUCCAAACAGCCCGGUCCAGAAACUUGGCCCAGCAUCGCAAAUGGGCGGUACUGCAUACUAUUGCUGGCUAUGUUAUUGCCAUCAACAGGCUCAACCUCACCGUGUUACUUGCCUUGGGGGAUAUUCUGACGUGGCUGCCUGUUCGUACCAGGGAGUUUGUAUUGGGUUCUCCAUCUUUCACAGAAGUUGUUGACAUGGAAAUAAGUGCCUUUGCAGGAGCUGCGGCUUACGCCUAUGUUAUAGCCGGCAUUUGGGCUGUCACGCAGGUCACCAACAGAGGUCGAACACCCAGCCGCAAAGCCGUGCUCGAAAAGGCGACUGAGUCAUGA